UGUAGUACUACAGUAGUUUCACUUAAGUUUUACAAAUUGAGUGCGAUAGUGCGUGCAAGUUGCUGCAUUGAUUCAUAGAGCAAUACCUGUAGUUGCAGCUUCAGUGACUGAGCUAGGUACCUACGUGCAGCCUAAUACAAAGACAUACAACAAAAAUGGACGUCUUUUCACUGGCACAGAUGAUUGUAAGCACAGCAAAAAAAAUAUACGAAAGGAUUGAAGAAGUUAAACACUUCAAGAAUCGCCAUCGCCGUCUCAAAAAUCGCAUAGAUGAUUUGAUGCCACCCAUUGAAAAAUUGGCCAGCAGUGAGCAACAUGUGCCUGAUCAUGCACAAACACCUCAAGGUCUGAAAUUGUUCAGUAAAGCGCUUGGUGGGAUCCUACAACUUUUAAAGAGAAUUCAUGACUUCCUUGGAUCACUGGACAACCAUCGAUUUCCUGAUUUGUACAAGUUACUGUACAAAGGCAGAAUUGGUAGGGACUUUGAUGAGUACAGUGAGGAACUUGACUUUAAGACAUCAGCCCUUCUGUUAAGUCUGGCAACUGAAAAAAGAGAAGUUGAUUAUGCGUACAUCAAUGCUAGUAGGCUUGAGGAUGACAAAGCGGAUCAAGAGGAGGAUGAACGUGACCUCAUUGGGGCAUAUCAUGCAGGACCUGAGAAAAUACAGGAUGACAUUUCCAAGUUGGCCCAAGGACAAGAGGAAAUCAAGAAGAUGCUUGAAGACUUGAAAGUUCCGCCUGCAACUUCAUCUGAAAACCCAAGCACAAUGAGCAGGUACCAGAGAGUAGAGGCAAGCCUGCAGCAAAUUAAUCCAGACCAACUUGGAGACAAAUCUGACUUUCGCAAGGGCCGCUUUGGAGAGAACUACUCAGCAAUGUACAUAGGCGAAAGAGUGGCGGUUAAAUCUUUUUCCAUUGGCAACGAUAAAAGUGUGACGGAAGUUUUGCUGAGAGAGGCCAAUAAUCUUCUCCGACUGAAUACGUCAUACCUUGUUCGCCUGUUGGGUGUCUGGACCAAAAAGGACCCCUAUCUGCUUGUCUUUGAGUACAUGGCAAAGGGAUGCUUGCGUGAGGUCCUAGACUCUGUUGACAAGGACGGUACCGACAUGAAAAUACUGCCUUGGGAGAGACGCGUUCAGAUGGCAUUGGAUGGAGCCCUAGGCCUGUGCCGUAUGCACAACACAGAACCAAGCAUAAUGCAUCGGGAUGUGACCAGUGACGUAUUUCUGGUUGAUAACAACUGGAAAAUGAAGAUUUCUGGAGUUGGAUUCGCUGCUACCCAGGAAUCCAUAAGGAGAUCCAAGCAAAGAGUUGGGGAAACAGUGAACUACAUCAGUCCAGAACGUUGGGCGGAUGUCAACUAUGAGCCAGAUGAAUGCUCAGAUAUCUACAGUUAUGGCAUUGUGAUGUGGGAGAUUGCUUCAGGAUCAAAGCCAUAUGAAGGUUUGGACGGCAGUCAAAUCAGGGAGUUUGUACUCCAGAAAAAGAACAAGCUGCCAUUGCCUAAAGCUUGCCCAGGUGAAUUCAAGAAGUUGAUUGAUGAUUGCAGACAGUUUGAUUCCGAAAAUCGGCCAAUUGCAGGUGAUAUCGUGGACAGGCUUCAGAAGCUCAGAUCUUCUUUGGAGGAAACGUGGUGUUAGUGAUGAGGUUCUGACCCAUGAUCCACGGGGAUAGCGAAUGAGGUCAACAAGCAUCCCAGCGUAAUUAUCAACUCAUUUCUAAGGUUUUUAAUAAGCAAUUAGACAGUUGAUAAAACCUAUAUUGUACUUGGAAAUACCCGGGCGCUAUCCCAUUGACUAUGAUAAAAUGAAUCCUGCAAACUUCUGACAUUUUCGGAAAAAUGAGGCAUUCCUCCUGUUUUAGUCAUGUGAUGACAUUUGUAUACAUUUAUUUUGUAAAGAUACUAGAGGCAACCUGACCCAAGAUUCAUAGUUAGAAUCUUUUGGCCCGGGAACUAGACUAUGCUCAAUCAAGAAGGGGUCAAUCAAGUUCGUGGCUAGAACUUGAACAGAAUUUCUCCUUUGUGAAAAACUUGAAUUGAAUUUUCUACAAUUAAGUAUCAUAAUGAUCAUAGUACUUAUAAAAAAAUACAAACUUUAAUAUAUAUUAUAUAACCUUAAUUUGACUACUUUUAACCUAUUAAUCUUAAAUUAUAUGCUACAACAUUUAGUUGUAAAACUAACCUUGCAAUUGCUUUUUUUUAUGUACUGAUCAUGCAAACCUAUUUUUUGGUGCUAUCUGCAGUCUCUAACACUGGAUGUUAUUAGUAUUUUUACGUGAACAGCAAUUCCAUGGUAACUCGCGUUACAUUUUACUGGGGGGGGGGGGGUGUUACUUUCCAUUAACUCUUUGCUAUUCUAUAACUUCCAAGUAUUUAGGGCAGGGUUCGAAAUUAGCGGUAGCCCGCUAGCCAAAUGCUAGUCAAAACAGCGAUGGGCCAGUCAAACUAUUCUUUAAGUAGCCCGGCUGGUGAGUCAAUCAUUAUUGGGAUACGGCAAAGAUGAAUGGACGGGAAGAGAUAAAUGAUAAUGAUAUGAUAGGAUAAUUUAUUUUCCACAAUAAGCAUGCGGAAAUUUGCUUUCCACCAGCACUGCAUUUUCAAACAUA